AUGCGGCUGGGGCCCCCGUGUCCUGGGGAUCUGAGAGCACACUGUUGGGCAGCAGCCCCUGGAUGGGGCCCACCAGCCUUUGCACAAACCAAGAAGGAGCUUGUCCCCUGGUACCAGGGCACCCAGCUGGCAAGCAUGGGUGGCUGGACCCUGGCUCCCCCAUUGGCACCUGCGGGGCCACACCGUGACCUUCGUGGGCCCCAGACACCAUCCCCCCUGCACCUGAUGGGUCCAUCGCCUUGCCCAGCCUUGGCUCUCAAGGUGACCUUCAAGGACUGCUGCAAGGACUGCCCUGCCAAGGAGCCUGGCACAGCCUGGAGGGGACUCGUCCCCGUCCUUGUGCUGACGCCUGGGUCUCCAGAGACCCACCUCGAACUCGGCCAGGCCUUCCUGGGUUCCCGACAGGUCCGCCAUGGGCGUGAUGCAGCGCCAUCUAGCGGACAGCAGGGCUGCAGCGUGGACAGAACGGCCGGACGCCCAGUCCUGGGCUGGUGGCUGAGGAGCAGCCUCACAGGGCAAGAGGGCACACAACACCUUCAUCUUUCUGGCAUAAGAACCUCAAGAAAACCAAAGGAAUAUAAGGCUGUGUUCUUUGGAGCCACAGAAAGCUCUGUUCACAUGGCAGUCGCUGAAAGUUUAAGGGAGCUGCCGCCCCAAGGGGGUUGGUUUCCGUCUUCCCUGUUUUUAAAGAUCUUUUAA